AAAUUUAAAAACCAUUGCCCCCCAUUUUCCACCAUCAAAAUCUCAUCUUUCCACCAUUUUCAACUCAACUUCACUUCACUUCACUUCUUCAACCAAAACCCUAAUUCCCAUUUCCAAGAUUCACAAUCUUGAACAUCUUUCUGCCUCCAUUUCAUCAAUGGCUCUUCGAUCUCUCGAUAACACCCUGCCAUUGUCCCCCGAACGGCCCAAAAAGACCGUUAAAGUUGCGAUUUCGAUACCUAAACAGCCUGCUGUUUCGAAAGUUAAUGAUGAGAACAAACUCCCUUUGGAUCCUUCUGUUGUUGCUCCUGCUGUUGAUGCUAUUGAUUAUAUCUCAUCUGAAAAUCUUAAACCCGUUUCCGAUCCCGAUGUUAAGUUCAAGAGUCUAAUGGAAGGACUGGAGUCAAAGGACUGGCUAAAAAUUUGCGAUUCGUUAAACGAUGUGAGGCGACUGGCAUUGUUCCACUCUGAGAUCCUGCUACCGAUCUUGGAAAAGGUUGUGAUGGUUUUAGUGAAAUCAAUGAAGAAUCCAAGAAGUGCUUUAUGCAAGACUGCAAUCAUGGCUGCUUCUGAUCUUUUCAAAUCCUUUGGUGAUAAGCUGCUUGAGUCUUCUACCCCUAAUGAUGCUGUUGACCAAAUGAUGCUGCAACUGCUACUGAAAGCUUCUCAAGAUAAGAAGUUUGUGUGUGAAGAAGCAGAGAGAACACUUAACACAAUGGUUGUGUCCACAACACCAAUCCCUUUGCUUCACAAGCUCAAAGUGUAUGUUAAGCAUGCAAAUAUGAGAGUUAGGGCCAAAGCUGCUGUUUCGAUCUCUCAGUGUGUCUCUAAAAUGGAGACGGGUGAGAUGAGAGAAUACGGGCUUGUUUCGUUGGUGCAAACGUCGGCUGAGUUGUUGAAAGAUAGGCUUCCUGAAGCGAGAGAGGCGGCUCGAGGUAUGGUGUUGUUGGUUCACAAGGCGGUUAUGGAGGAUGGGGAGAAUGAAGAAGAAGAAGAUAAGUGGCAAAACUUUUGCCAGUUGAAUUUGGCAGCCAUUGAUGCGUUGACCAUGGUCAAACUUGUUGCAUCUCAGUAGAAAGUUUUUGCUUGUGUGUAGAGAGACCAUCAUGCUGAUGAAGAUGGCCUUUUGCCUUGUGUGUUAUGUUCAUGUAAUAGUGGUUUACUCUUUAAGAAAACCAUUCUUAAUCUGUUUUCAGUGAAAUAGAGAUUAAUAUUUGAUGAGAGAAAAUCAUGAAAUAAA